GGGGUGAUUUCUGUGGAUUCGGGAUGGAUUUGGGGGUGAUCUCUGUGGAUUUGGGGCUCCCACAGUGCCCAGCCCGGAUUUCAGCUUCCCUGCGGACGAGCACCUGGACGUUUACGUGUCGGCCGCCGAGAGCCCCGGGCACUUCUGGAUCCAACUGCUGGGCACCCGCAGCCUGCAGCUGGACAAGCUGACAGCUGAGAUGGGGCACUUCUACCAGAGCAGCGCCCCCGUCCCCCCCCCCUCGGUGCUCCCCGGCUCCAUCGUGGCCGCGCCGUACCUGGACGAUGGCGAGUGGUACCGCGCGCGCGUCCUGGGGGCGCUGGACAACGGCCACCUGGAGCUCUACUACGUGGACUUUGGGGACAACGGCCAGGCCCCCCCCGAGGCUCUGCGGGCCCUCAGGAGCGACUUCCUGAGCCUGCCCUUCCAGGCCAUCGAGUGCAGCCUGGCCGGGGUUGUCCCCAACGGGGACAGCUGGCCCGAGGCGGCUCUGGACGAGUUUGACCGCCUGGCGCACUGUGCGCAGUGGACGCCGCUGGUGGCGCGGAUCUGCAGCUACAGCCAGGGGGCGCCCUGCCCCCGGCCCAGCGUGCAGCUCUUCACCCAGCGCCACGGACAGAGCCUGGACGUGGGAGCAGAGCUGGUGCGUUUGGGCUACGCCGUGCCCGUGCCCCCCGAGGAGCCCCCGGACAAUCUCGGCUGUGCCUCCAUCCCGAGCCCGGUGGAGCCUGGGACCCUGCAGAGCCCCGGCCG